UACCCGACAGGACUUCCCCGCAAGAUCGAUACAUAGAUGAUCUUCGGCUCGUCGUCUUCCUGGAAUUUGUUAUACUUCGGCAUAUCUGGCGGGUGUUACGACUCACCAGUCAAGCUGGCAUAAGGACAAUAGCCUUAGUUGUGCUACGCGCACUCGGCCUGACUUGGAGUCGGCCUAUAUAUCGUCGUCCGUCCGCGUUGAUGCGCUACUCCAUCAAUGCCUAGCUCUAUAUCAGCAGAGAAACGAAUCGGCCUCCUAGACGACGAUGAGGCUCAUGCCUCGUCGUCUGCCUCUUCCUCUCUUCUCGGAAACGAUGCGCGGAAAGAUUUAGAGGCCUCAUCAGAGGAGCUAGUUGGGUCUGAUCAGAGAUGGGAUAAACGACUCUUCUCGUGGUGUCUGGCUCGGCCGAGAGGUCUUCGACGAAAGUUACGGAGAGGCCCUGCGGGUUUAGCUCUCGCAUUUUUCAAAUACAUCAUUAUAAUUAUAUGUAUACUUUUAAUAGGAACGCCUAUCUUCGCUCCGUCCUACACGCGACUCCCUCAGCACUACCGAGACCUGGAAUCUCGAUGCCGAGGACCCAUUCGAGAAGCGGGGUGUGCUAAUAUCAAUAAUGAGAAGAUAUUUAUCGCCGUCUCUUUAUAUGAUAAGGAGGGUCAUCUGGUCAAUGGUUUCUGGGGAGAGAGUCUGUUGGAGUUAAUACAUCUACUCGGUGACAAUAAUGUCUUUCUGAGCAUUUACGAGAAUGAUAGCGGUCCGGAAGGCGCGGCGGCACUUGAAAGCCUAAGACGGCAGCUAAGGUGCAAGAAUUACAUUGUCAACGAUCCCCACGUGCCUCUGUCGGAUUUCCCGACCGUCACACUACCUGAUGAAACCAAGCGAGUGAAGCGUCUAGCUUAUUUGUCCGAAAUGCGAAAUCGGGCCUUACGACCACUCGACCGAUUCGAUCCAAGUGUUGGAACAGUUCGAUAUGACAAGAUUCUUUUCCUGAACGAUGUUGUAUUCCACGCGAUGGAAGCGGCGCAUUUGCUUUUCAGUACUAAUGUCGAGUCUGAUGGACGAUCACAUUAUUUAUCAGCAUGUGCCGUUGACUUCUGGACUCCAUUAAAAUUUUAUGACCUGUAUGUCACUCGUGACUACGAAGGUUAUUCUGCCGGAUUACCCUUCUUCCCAGUAUUCCUCGAUGCUGGUGAAGGUGUAUCAAGGACUGCCAUCCUGAAUCAAGAGGAUGCUGUUCCUGUCCAGGCUUGUUGGAGCGGAAUGGUAGCGAUGCAGGCGAAAUAUGUACAGAAUAUGAACGAGACGUUACCGAAUUCUCACUUUCAGGAUAUUAGCAGCUAUGUUAUCGAUCCCGCGAAGCCACAUAACGUUACAGCACCAGUCCGGUUCCGUUACGAGCCUGAGCUCUUCUUCGACGCCUGUGAAUGCUGCUUAUUCCAUGCCGACGUGGCUCAGGUAGCAAGGAAAGCCGGGGAGAAAGAGUUGGGGAUAUAUAUGAAUCCUUACGUUCGAGUUGCAUAUACGGAAAACACUCUCUCCUGGCUGCCUUUGGUUCGAAGAUUCGAACGGUUAUUUAGCAUUCCACACGCCUUAUCAUCGCACAUUUUGUCCUUACCAACGCGUAACCCGCACCGUACAGUCCAAGAAGGUGAUAUAUUCACUGAAGAGAUCUGGGUUGGGGAGGGCAACACCGGUCAUUGGCAAUUAGUACAGCGGGAGGGCCGCAAUGGGAUGUUUUGUGGGGUGAGAGAAAUGCAAGCCAUAAAGCUUGACGAGCGUGAUGAAGACAAGAACUGGGAGAAUAUCAAGAUCCCUGCUGGCCAGGUAAUGCACUUCCCCACAUAGCACGGAGAGGUGCAACGGUCAGGUGAGAAGUGGGACCCAAUGGUGAGUUGGAGAAUAAGAGAAGAGGCCGAGAAAGCUCGCAAGAAGCAGCAACUCAAUUCCUCUUAAAUCUCCCAGCACACUGGCAAAACAUUGGAAGUUGCCCUUGGUGAGAGCAAGGCACUUUCUUUGGAGUCCUACCAGCUACUGUUGCACCGCAGAGUGUAUCAAAAUAAAUCGGAUCAGGCACACCCCUAAGGUUACAGCUAUUGGUUACAAGGCUUGCAGUUGCGAUACUGAAUUAUAUCGGCUCCUGGGUUACAUAUAUAAGACAUAAUUGCCGAGAAAGAUGCAAACUAGUUGAUAGAUAGCUUGGAUUGUUCGGCAUGGACAUUGAUACCAGCUCCACUUAACUCCCUUUUAAGGAUGAUGUAUUAAAAAUCCUGGUGGAGAUAAUAUUAUCUGGUCGUUGGAGGAAAGCAUCAACAAAGGGUGCGGAAUUAGAUUGUCUCUCUAAUCGAGAUAGCCAGAGAGACGCUGUAUACUGUAUUCAGGGUAAACCAUCGGUUUUAAUGACGCGUAGAAUACAGAGAUAGGAAGUAACUAAUUAUUACUAUUGUUCAUAUGAGAUGUUAGCUCUCAUUCUUGUAGGAGUAUUGACUUGGGUGAUAACAAAGCUUCUAAAUAUUUAUACACGAG